AUGACCACCACCACCAUGCACUUCGGCCCCGAAUGGAUGCGCACGAAGCAAGGCUCCUCGCGCCCCGCUCCGUCCCCGCCUCUGGCAAAUUCGACGGCGCCACCUGGAAACUCGACGUACUCUGCGCUCGUCACGCCGGCCACGGCCCCGCCGCAGGAGGGCCGCGACGUCGCCCACCCGUUCCGGUACUCGAAGGAGGAGAUGCUCCGGAUCUACAAGGAGGGCGGCGGGCGCGGCGGGCUCGGGCUCGAGGUCGAGCGCUGGGAGGGCAUCGUCCGCGAGGUCGGGUACGAGCCCGCCGGGCUCAAGGAGAUGGGCGACGCCGAGAAGAAGCUGUUCGCGGGGCAGCUGAACUCGGAGGUCCGCCGCCGCCAGUCGACGGACUUCUUAUCGCCGCUCACGACUGCGAACCUCGGGGACCGACCGAAGCUGGCGCACGCGAGCCCGGGCGCGGCGAGCCCGAUGCGCGAACGGAUCGGGAACUUCAUGGGCGCGCGCCGGAGGGGGGACAGCACAGACCAGGCCCCGCUCGCCCUCCCGCGCAAGCUCUCGCUGUCGAACAUGCAGAACGGGCUCGCUUCGCCGCGCGAGGGGGGCCUGCCGUCGCCCCGGGUCCGGGCUGGGUUCGACGGGGUGCUGAACGACUCGUGGACGGCGCGGCGUAGGGCGUCGGAGAAUGCUCCCAAGAAUAAGAGCGAGAAAGAAGGCGACGGGGAACCCAAGGAUCCGCAUAUCAAAGAAGAGGAAGAGGAGCCGCCGCUCCCCUCGGAACGAUCGAGGGAGACGACUGGGAGUUCGACCGGCCAGCCGCUGAAUGGCAAUGUUGGCGCCAAUAAGGCUACAGAGCAGAUCAACGGGCAGGUGCAGGAAACGUCGAUCUCUGGACAAUCUGCAACUGGGGCUCCUGCCCCGCCCAAGCCUCCUGCUGAUCUGUCCAAGGUCGAGUGGUCGUACCUCGACCCUCAAGGGCGGCUUCAAGGGCCGUUCAUGGCGGACGUCAUGCAAGGCUGGCACGAGCAGGGAUACUUCCAGCCUGCGUUGCUCAUGAAACGGACCCAUCUUGACGCUGAAUUCACGCCGAUGGGAGAGCUCUUGCGUCGCGCCGCUGGGCAGCCAGUGUUCCUCUCUCCCUUGGUGCACGAAAUCUCUCCCCCUGGCCUGACGCGUCCGAUCGAGACCGUUGUCGAUCGCGCGAUCCCCGAACGACUGCAGCACUCGCCUUAUCAACCUGUGCCUACUCGGUCUUUGCGGAGCAGCACCCUUGACUCGUACCUGCAAAAUGGCUCAGCCGCCUCGGAAUCACCUUCAUCCUCUUUUGGAGGUCGCCUCGUCAACGCGUCUCCUGACACCGGCGGCCAGGCUGCGUACGAGCAGCCUACCGAAUCUCGAAUGCCUUUCGCCUCUUCGGCCAUCGGGACCCCUGGGCAACGACGUGCGACUAUGCAAGAUCCUGUGGAGCAGAUCUUCACCAACCGUGGUUUCGGCAUGGGGCGCGGCUCUGGUGUAGGGAUCGACGCUCUAGGGUUCAACGGCACGGAAUCCCCCUCGACUUUUGACAAUAAUCUCGGAAGUUCCCCCUUCGGCCAGAGGCUCCAGCAGGAGCCUGGACCCAUGAAUGGGAUGAUAGGCUCUUCUGCUCUCAACGGUACUGAGUUCGGUCCUAUAGGUGGCAUUCACUCCAACCAAGGCAUCCCUUCACGAGUACUCAACCGGGACUCAUUUGGGAAGCCUGCAUUGGACGAGAUGGUCCAGCCUGGAUUAGGCGGUGGUUUCUCAAACCACAACUCUCCCUUUGUCCCCCACGCCCAGCCGUUCUCUUCCGCCCCACUCUCCCCGUUCGCAGGACAGGAAAAUCGCGCUAUGCAUUCCAUGACACCCAUCACCGACCGCCAGCCUAAUCCGUUCCAACAACACUUCCCGCAGCAGCCGUUCACUCAGAGCCCUUCGUACGGCGGCACGGCACACUCCCCAUGGCACGCCCCAGACCAGACUCUUCGCCGCCCCGUUCCUUUCGAGCCCGCUCUUCCUGUGGGCAACAAUGGAUUCCCUGUACAGCCUACAGCUCCGCCCCAGCCGUUCACACGCACGAUAUCCGGGAUAUCGGUCGAACAGUCUCCUUGGCCUACACCGGCACAGCCUGCGCAACCAGUCGCCAACGACCCGUGGUCUACACCCACUGCGAGCUUGACGGCCGCGAACUUGGACCAGCACGACCAGCAGCAACGUCAGGCAGAGCUUCAACAGCACGUUGUUCCUGAGCCGACCCCCGAGGCUACCGCUCCUGUUGCUGAGGAACCCCGGCUUACCGCAGCACCCUCGGCGCCUACCCCGUCCGAACCGUCUCCCACCGAGCCAUCUUCCCCACAGAAGAGCAAGCGCAAGUCAGCCGGCCAACAGGCGUCUGCACCCGCUGCGAAGGCUACAGCAUCCACCGUCGCCGCUCCUCUUGUACCUCUCGCUAAGCCGCCUUCGCCCGUGCCUGCGCCUGAGUCAAAGCCUGUUGUUCCCUGGGCCAUCGACGACGAUAAGAAAGCCAAGCCCUCGGGCAUCAACUUGCGUGAGAUCCAGGAGGCGGAGGCGAAGAAAGAAGAAGCCCGCAAGGCCGCACAGCGCGAGCGCGAGCGCGCAGCGCGUGUCAGCUCGCAGUUGGACGACGCCUUCCAACCCGUGACUUCAUCCUGGGGCCUCCCAACGUCGCUUGCGGGCGCUGGCCGGGGCAACGCGAAGGAGGGCUCGUCGGCGGCGACGGCAAUGGCGACGGGACCUGCCUCCACCACGCCCGCUCCCGCAGUUUGGACGAACGCGACGAAGGUACCGGCGGCGAAGAAGACGAUGAAGGAGAUUCAGGAGGAGGAGGAGCGCAGGAAGAAACAGGCGAAGGAAAAGGAGGCUCUGGCGGCGACCAUGGCGACGGCUGCUCGUCGGGCGUACGCCGACUCGACGAAGCCCGCUGCCGCUACUCCACCCGCUCCUGGAGGUGCAUGGGCGGUCGUUGGUUCGAACGGCAAGGCCCCGGCUGUUGUCGUGACCGCGCGCCCGGCAGGUACGCCGACACCUGCGGCGACGAAGGCAACACCUGUCAUUGUCUCCGCUGUGGUCGCGCCUGCAGCGACGCGUCCGGCUACGUCAGUGCAGGCUCCACGCCCCGCAGCGACGCCCAUAAAGGCAACGCCGUCAAAGGAGGAGCCCGCAGUUGCCCCUGGCCCUUCGCUCGAGUUCCUCAAGUGGAUGCACGACUCUCUUAAGGGCCUCAACAACUCCGUUCAACUCGAGGAGCUCAGCUACAUGCUUCUGGCCUUCCCUCUGGACCCCGACCCGUCUACCAUCGAGAUCAUCUCCGACCUCAUCUACGCGAGCAGCACAACGCUCGACGGACGUCGGUUCGCGAACGACUUUGUCAGCCGGCGCAAGGCGGACGCGACCUCUCGCAAGGGCGCGGCCGCGGCGAGCGUAGCGAAGGGUCUCUCCAUCGCGGACGUCGUCAAGACGCAGCCGAAGCCGGCACAGAAUGAGUGGGGAGGGUUCAAAGUCGUGAACAAGAAGAAGAAGGGUGGCCGCGCGUGA